UUAAAUUUUGCCUCGGCCAUGGCGAUCCAGGUGCUUCCCUUUUGAUUUGGAACUUCUCUGCAGUUGGAGUGAGAGAUGGCGGAGAGAAGCAAAGGGAGUGUGAGUUUAGAAGGAGAGAGUGUGAUAUUGGUCCCAUACAUGGAAUCCCAUGUUCCCAAAUAUCAUAGUUGGAUGCAAAACCCUUCACUCCUUGAAGCCACUGGCUCUGAACCCCUCACCGUUGAACAAGAGUACCACAUGCAACUCUCUUGGUCCCAAGAUCCUAACAAGGAGACGUUUAUUGUAUUGGAUAAGGACUUAGUUGUUGGAGAUUUCUUACAUGGGCAACCCCAUGUUGAAGCAAUGGUUGGUGAUGUAAAUAUAUUCAUGAAUGAGUUGGAUAAUCCUCACAUGGCAGAGAUUGAAAUAAUGAUAGCUGAACCAAUGAGCCGGGGAAAAGGACUUGGAAAGGAGUCUGUUCUGAUGAUGAUUGCCUUUGCUAUUGAGAAGUUAAGGAUCAAUAUAUUUCGCGUUAAAAUUGGAGAGUCAAAUGGAGCAUCCCUUAAUCUGUUCAAAAAAUUGGGGUUUGUGCAAACUUCAUAUAGCAACAUCUUCAAAGAGGUGACUUUGGAGUUGCAAAUAACACCGCCCAAGAAUGAGGAGAUGCUUGGUGUGAUGGGUACUGUAAUCAAACAUACAUAAACCUAAGCAACAUCUCACUUCAUGUUAUUUAUUGGUAAUAGAAUGAUCUCUUUUUGUUGGUGUUCGUUGUUUUAUGAUGUAAGGUUUCGAGUUGUCUUAACCAUACAAGAUUCUGACAUUGUUCAUCUAACAUCUAUUGCCUCUUUUUAGUGUAAGAACUUGAAAUUAAACUUAAU